AUGACGGAAUCCGCCCACAGCAUCAACAGGAGGUGGAGGGUGGGAAAACAUAUAAAGCUCCCUGGGAGCAGCUCUCCUUUACUGUCCUGGCUUCACAGAUCUGCUCUCAGCAUGAAGACACUUCUGGUUGGGGUCCUGCUUGGACUGGCAUUCGUGGAUUUGGCCCAGUGCUUACGAUGUUACACGUGCAAGGAACCAACGGACAUCGCUGAGUGCAGGACAGUCACCCUGUGCCCCCCAAAAGCCACCGUGUGCACAACAACGCUGCACUCCUUAGAGACAGGUUAUCCCUUUUUCGGCAACAUCACCGUGACCAGAAGCUGUGAGGAGGAAUGCAUCUCCUAUAACGGGAUUGGGGAUUCCAGACCCAAGUCAUGCUGCUACACUGACCUCUGCACUGACAACACCAGGACCAUCAGUGGGGUGGGAAGGAGCUCUUCAACACUGGGUCUGAUGGCCAUGGCCAUUGGCACGCUCCUCCGGUGCGCUCUGUAACACUGCAAGUGCCUAUGCUCCAGCCAAAACAUCCUCACUCCUCUCUCUGCCAAGCUGCCUUGUGAACUCUUAGAUGCCUUGGGAAUCACCUUCUUCGCUGAUGUGUGGCUUCACUCAUCUUCAGUGCUGUGGAUUCAAGCCAAGACUUUGGGCACCUGGACCUAAACCCCUCAAAUUUCCAGUUUCCAGUCACUAAGCAGAUGUUCCUCACCUUCAGCUGCUUCUGGCCCCCAGGACCCACAUCUCCCUGUACAGCUUUCCUCUGUGGGGAGCAGUAGUGGAAGAAGUGCCACAGCUCUGCACAGCACGGGGGGCCUGGGCAAUGCCAUCAAGGAUGGUGCUGUAGCAUCACCCUCAGCAAGACCAGGGGCUGUAUUCACACUGGAUGUGGAUAGGGCUUUUUUUCCCAGGUCUCCUCAAGCUCCCACACAACCUGUGUCUGUGAGCCUCUACUAUAUUCCUGUGCACAACCCCAAAAAAUUUCUACAACCCUCCAUCAGAGGUUUGGUUUGUUAGCACUUUUUGUGCCAUCUCCUGAGUUAGAGCAGCAGAUGGAUGUUGGUCUCCUCUCACUAUCUGCCCAGCAGAACGUAAAUUGCAAUUGGAGAGAGCUGGCACUUAGUUCUGACUAGAAUAAGCUAUGGAAUGAGUUCAGAAGGGCUCAGCCUUCAUGGGUUGAGCUGGGUUGUAUUACUGGAAAGCUUAAAACACACUCAGGACUAAGAGGCCAGGAUUGCUUAGAUCUGUAAAAGCAAAUUUGGGAAUUUGGCUACCCAAAAUCCCCAGCAGCCCUUUGCCUGAGCUCGGGUUGUGAUCAGAGCUCCUGGAUUCCCCUUCCCAGAUGUUUUACAGACCAUUUCAAGCAACUUCUUCUGUUAUGCUGCCUUCCCCCAUCCCUUCACAACAGGGACUGCAGGAAAGGGAAAAAAAAAAUGAUUAUUCCAGACCCUCAACUCUGGGAAAAGCCAAUGGCUUCACCCACGUCUCUUAACAGUGCUACUGGAUCCCAGCUGGGGAUUUGCUGGAGCAGCUGUAAGGUUGAUUUUGAUUCCCUGUCUGCUGUAGAACCAGAUGAAUGAAAGCAGAUACCAAGGGGCCAGGCGUGCCCAGCUUUCAGCUCUCUCCGGUGGGGAAGAGCUGGGGAACUUGCCAUUUACUCUGUUCCUAUUUCUGGGGCUUGUCCAGGGGAGCAGGAGACAACCUGCAAGAGCAUGGGUAGAGUGGAGCAUCCUGUGCACCAUCCCUGUGCAUUCAUGCCAACCUUGACAGCCCCGUCUGUGGGAAAUUCCAUUUUUAAUCUGUUUCCACCAGAAACCAGCCAGGAAAUUAAAGGAAUAAGCAGGGGG